CAUUUCAGUCAUUCACCGACGACUCGAUACGUGACACUUCUGUGGUGGCUCGUGGAAGCUCACUGGCAUCUCAUUGGUUGAGCGGAGGACUGUCAAUCAGACCUAAACCACCUGCGCGCGCUCUUGUCGUUAAAGUAGCGCUGGUGUGGACUCUUUAUGCGCGUGAACUUAGAAAACACUCCUGGAUAACUGUUCAUCUUCAACAAAACGAGGCAGAAUGGAGGAAGCAGAACUGUUAAAGGAGCGUCUUCAAGCCAUUACAAAUAAGAGAAAAAUCCAAGAAGAAAUUGCCCAGAAACGACUGGAGAUUGACAGGGAGAAAUUAAAGCUUCAGCAUGUCAAGAAAAGGUCCAUGAGAGAUCUCUGGCUCUGUGAUGGGGUGAACAGUAAUAAUGCACAUGAAACACAAAAAGCUCUGGAAGAUGCACAACAAACCAAACUUCUCAAGAGCAACAUACAUCGGAUAGAGAAGGAGAUUGAAACAUUGGAGAGAGAAGAGAUGAUUAUAUCAACAAAUGAGGGGCUGAUACUGAAGAGGCUUAAAGCCAUUGAAAAGUCUCCAGAAGAAAUAAUUAAGGCAGUGAAUGCAGAUUUUAUGUCAGAGCCAAUCCAUGUUCAUUCAACAAUGCAAAAUAUGCUAAAGCCCAACACACCUUUAUUAAAUCAGAGAAAGAAGAAGGACCUGGAUGCAGAGGCCAAAAAUGACCAAGCCAAACCUGCUUUGUUAGCCAUGGAAAUUAAUGUUCAGAAGGAUUUGCGCACGGGUGAGAGCCAGGUCAUCUCCACCUCCACCAUUUCUCCCCAAGAGCUUCAGCAGAGGGGCAUCAAAGUCUAUGAUGAUGGCCGGAAAACCGUCUACGCUCUGCGCACAGACGGCAGUCAGCCUGGGGCGAACGGAGUAAAUGAACUCAGUCCCGUAGAGGUAGAGGAGCUCCUCAGACAGGCUUCCGAAAAUAAGAAGAGGUCCAAUCACGUACAGAAAGAAGCGUUACAUCCUUUCAGCGUUUCCCAUACACCACAGUCAUCCCCCAGAAAGACCCAAAGAGAGAGCCACCAAUCCAAUGGAUACCAGGAUCCCCACAGUGUGGAGUUGUCUGCAUGGCCUGAACUUGUUUACAGCGACAGUGUACAUUACCCCGAGGAUAUGGACCAUGGAGUUCCUCUUUUGCCCAUGCCCAAUUACAAUGAUAGGCCAGAAGAGUAUUUUCUCAACAGCUACAAUCCUGAGUUAUAUAUAGAGGAAAUGCACGAGCACUAUUACGAUCCAAGAGAGAACCACAGGAGAAUCCUGAAUUCUGACAUUAGCAGGCCAGACUCGGUCUGCUCUGAGGACUCCAAGCCCAGCGUUCUGAACGCUGUGCCGUCCGAUGAGCCCAUCACCAUGAUCUUCAUGGGCUACCAGAAUGCAGAAGAGGACAGCCAGGACUACGAAGGCUCCGUUCAGGCAGAGUUGGUGAUUAUUGGAGAAGGUGAAGAUGAUACAAGCACUAAUCUGAACUCCAGUGUCAACAAAGCCUGUCCAUACCAGGCUCUGGGAAAGGGGGCCGGAUGGAAGAACAAAGAAGAUGGCACCGAGAACCUAUCAGCUACAGCACUACAGAUACAGAUGAAGAAACUGGGCCAGACUAGUGUCUAACAUGGACCGUUUGUAGAAAUCUGGGAAUCUUGUCUUUUAAACUUAAUCAUGACUAAUGCUAAAUCAACCUUAAUCUCAUAAUCCUAUAGUUGAUUAUUUUGUUAUGUUAAAUGUAAGUGCUUGCUAUAACAAAAUGUUUGUAAUGAAAUUUUAACUAAUGAUUUAUUAUGACUAUCACUUACGAAAGCUACACAUAAAAACUCAAAACUGA